AUGUCUCUCCUUCACAAUGAAGACUUCACGAUCUGGCAACUACGAUCCUCCUAUCUGUCUACAAUCAAGGAUGGGAUCGGAGACCGCUUGAUCAAUGUCAAUAACUCAGUCCUCAAUACUCCCGGAUUCCGUGCUGCUGGCUGGUCAACUGUUUCCAAUGCUGGCAUCGCAUCCUCCCUCAAGCGCACCUACUCCCCACCGAUUCCUACCACGGCUGCAGUGUCAUCGGAAUACUAUCGACUCGCCGUCCGAGAUGCCAACGCUGCACGGGAUGAACUUCAGGGACUCGGCCUAGAAGAUGGCGAGGAUGAAGAAGGGGGAAUGGUUACUGGGAAGAGUAAUCUGGAUCUUACAGGACGACGAGCCCAGGAUCGAGCUGCGAAGAAGAAGCUUCGACGUGAUCGCCAGGCCGAGGCUCAACGACAAGCGGAUGCAGAGGAUGAUGACAGCAGUGAUCUGACAGAUAGUGAUGACGAGGAGAAUCCACGAAGGUCAACCGAUCAAAUCGAUUUCCCCAAGAUGCCCAUCCGCCGCGAUCGAUCCGAUUCCUCUCCAGUCCGUGGGGCCGAACAACGAGAGCGACCUGAGCUCAUGAUCACAGCGCCCUCGGCACAGAAUCUUGCGAACCAUUAUCGGACAGGUUCCCUUGGAACAUCUAUGAAGGGUACUGAGGGACGAACACGGCGGGAUACAACAACGAGCAGUGAUUUGUCGACCGACAAUGAAGUCGAUGUCCCAGCAUACAAGCCAGGACAAGUGCAAUUCUCGACCACCAAUGAAAUUGUCGAGCGACCUCGCAGACGACGCGAGAGGACUGGCAGUCGAGGCGCUGACAGCAUAGUCUUAGAAGACUUGCAAGAACAGGACGAGGAUUCUGGAGCGGAGUCCGUUGGAUCAGCUAUGUCAUCUGAAUUCGAUGCGACAGCCGGGUCUGGCUCAUUGCUAUUGGCAGGAAUGGGUAUGACUGGUACUUUGGACUCAUCCUCACCUGUGGCUCUCAUGCAUAAACUGCCAACAAACACGGGACCUCAAAGUCACUCCCCACGAAAGUCGAAGACGGUCCCAACUCCAGAGCUGUCAGAUCUUCCGCCGCCACGACCUAUCAGCACCAUUCAACCAAUCAGUUUGUUGACUCUGCAGAUCAAAUCCCGUGCACCAGCCCCCAGUAACCCAGUCGAGAGGUUCAUGGUACUCUCUGGGUCAGGGCAGGCCGACCCAUUGUUCCUCAAGAUUUAUCUUCCUUUUUCGUCCGACCCAGAGGAGCCACUGGAUUUACCGCUCAUGCGAGACUCGAAACUUUCGGACCAGCCUGCACCUGUUACAGUCGCAGAAGCGAUUGGCCUGGCCCUUUGGAAGUACUCAGAAGAGUCGCGUACUCCGUCUUUGUCACGCGAAAAGGUUACUGUGAACCGCUGGGCAUUGAGAAUGGUAGAUGAUGGCGAGGUAGAAUAUGACUUCCCGGCAUUGGGACGUACACUUCCGAUGACGGAUUUCACCUCCAACAAUAACCAAGCUGCGAAGGCACGUGGACGCUCACGAGGAAAGCCCUAUGACGAAUUUGCCUUAGUUGAGGCUUCUCAGGGCGAGUUUGAGGAGAACGAAAGACUUUAUCCUCAGUAUAGCGCGAGCGCUGACACGGAAGAGAGCGAGCCACCGGCCAAUGCCAAUCUCGGAGUGCCAGCUCCUCAAGUCGCAGUUCAGAAGAAUCUCUCAACUGGGCGUCCAAACCCGAUUCUCGGUCAACCGUUCCCAACAGCAUUAAACAAUACCUUGACGCCUGCUGACCGACCGGCGGUGCCAAUCUCACAUGCGACACCCCGUCUGGGGGUCUCCAAGACACUGAAAAUUCGGUUCCUCAACCUUGAAGGGUCUGCACAUGUCAUGACUCUCAACACCUCCACCGAUAGCUAUAUUGCAGAGAUUUUAGAUACUGUGUGUAAACGCUGGGGGGUCAUGGGAUCAAACACAGUGGCUCCGCUUGAUCGGACCGUGGAAGCGCUGGCAGUGGCAAAUAUCACCGACCUCGAUCUUUUCAGGCGCCGUUUUGGGGCAGGCGCUGGAUCACCUGGUAGCUCAUCGCCGAAUGCACCGCUGCAGGUGGACAACACUACUAGCAACCCUGCGACAGUCAAGAAGGGCAAGAAAGGAACCAACACGCUUCCAUCGUCGACCCAGAAACAGGAUCUCAUUGGAGGCUAUUAUCGUCGCUACCACGUCUACCGCAAACAACCGAUGUCAUUUACUGCUUCCAACCAUCGUAUCUUGACAUUUGAUAACGACUACAUGCAUAUCGUACCGGGGGAAACGGGCAAGACUGGUUCUGAUGCGAAGACUCGGUCCAUCAACUUCAAUGACGUGGUCGGCUGCAAGGUCAGUCGGCGACAUCCUAAGAGCUUCCGGGUUGUUGUUUUGCGUGGCAACGAUGCUACCGAGCAGAAACGGUAUGACUUUGAGGCUCGCAAUGCUCUGGAAGCUGUGGAGAUUGUGGAUGAGAUUAAGAAGAACAUGGCGCAUUAUCGCAUUUGA